AUGGAAGAUCUGAAUGAGUUACUGAUCCAGCAUCAGAUAUCAUCAAGCAGCGAUAUAUGGUUUUGGAAAGAUAAUGUUCGGUUGAGUUUUACGGUAAAAGAAGUUAGAGAGUCUCUGGCGCAUCAGAUUGAUUUAAAUACCCAGGUUGGGGACUUUGUGUGGAAUAAAUGGGCAUCAGGAAAGAGCAACAUGUUCGCGUGGCGGGCUGUAGAAAAUAAGAUUCCAUCGGCUGUGGGUCUAAGGGAAAGAGGUAUGUCGUUACCGGACUAUACCUGCAGAUUGUGCGGUAUAGCAGAGGAGUCGGCAGACCAUGUUUUAAUGCAGUGCAGCUUCGCAAAACAGGUCUGGAAUGCAGUGCUUAGGUGGGUGAAGUGCCCUGAAGUCAACUUAGAUGGAUCGUUAAAACAUAUGCUGCACGAGAUAAUCGAUAUACGAAGGGGUCGUUACAUAAGGAAAGCGAUUCAUGCGGUGACCCUACAAACAAUAUGGAAUAUAUGGAAGAUAAGGAACGAAAAGAUUUUUAAAGGUAAACCGGGAACCGUUCAGAAAGCGGUGGAAGAUAUAAAAGAUGAUUCGUAUCAAGGCUUGAAACAAAGAUCAAACUGCAGAUCAAUCUCAUGGCAACAGUGGUGUGAUUUUAAUUGGAACAUGUAA